AUGCCACCACAAGAAAUUAGUAAAUUAUGGGUAAUGAUAAUAGAUGAAUAUCAAGAUAUUGAAAAUAUCGAAGAUUUUUAUGAUUAUGUAACAAAUACAUGGAUAGACGAUGAUGCUUUAUUCGAUUAUAUAUUAUGGAAUUAUUAUGAUUUUAAAAGUUCAACAACUAAUAAUCAUCUCGAAGGAUGCCAUCAUCGAUUAAAUAAUGAUUUAAAUAAUGUUGUACAUCCACAUUUUUAUUUAUUCAUUCUUGCAAUUCCAAAUGAUUAUGCUUAUAACUCACCAAUAUCAUCACGUCAUUUAGCAACUGGUAUAUUACCUCCACGAAAAAAGUUAUUUUUGCUAUUGUACAAACAGUUAAUGUGGAUUGAUGAACGACAACCUGGUUCAAGUCAUUAA